AUGAACACCUUCCCGUCAUGGAAGGAUCGCACGCAGAACCAGUUUGGCAAGCUUCAGAUCCAGAUGCCAUGGCGCUCCUUUCAGAUGCUCGUGCCCCAUCGUAUGCGUCGCAAGAUCCGCUCCAAGCUCCGGAGCCGCAUAUCGCCAACCUCCUCGAUCUCGACGCUGCAGACCUCCUUCUCGCCUGCCGACACGCUUCGGUCGCUCCAGUCGCAUCGCUGGACCAUGUACGACUUUCAGUACUUGCUACUCUUGAUCCUCGGCAUCUUCUCGUUGACGGUCAUUCAAUCCCCGAGCCCGCUAACAAAGACCGCCAUCGCCACCCUUCUCCUCUUCUCCCUUCUUCUGCCGAUCACUAGGCAGUUCUUCCUGCCAUUCUUGCCCGUUGCUGGCUGGCUCAUCUUCUUCUACGCGUGCCAGUUCGUCCCGAGCGACUGGCGGCCUGCCAUUUGGGUCCGGGUGUUGCCCGCCCUGGAGAACAUUCUAUAUGGUGCCAACAUCAGCAACAUCCUUUCUGCCCACCAAAACGUGGCUCUCGAUGUUCUAGCCUGGAUUCCCUAUGGUCUGUGCCACUACGGCGCACCAUUUGUCGUCUCCCUGAUUCUGUUCAUCUUCGGUCCUCCCGGCACCACCCCCCUCUUCGCCCGGACCUUGGGAUAUAUCAGCAUGUUGGCCGUCACCGUUCAGCUGGUCUUCCCCUGCUCGCCUCCCUGGUAUGAGAACCUGUACGGUCUCGCUCCGGCCGAUUACUCUAUGCAGGGCAACCCAGCCGGUCUGGCCCGCAUCGACAAGCUGCUCGGAAUUGACCUGUACACGUCCGGCUUCAAGCAGUCCCCGGUGGUCUUUGGCGCGUUCCCCUCGCUCCAUGCCGCUGAUUCGACCCUGGCCGCUCUGUUCAUGAGCCACGUCUUCCCGCGGCUGAAGCCCCUCUGGGUCACCUAUACCCUGUGGAUGUGGUGGGCCACCAUGUACCUCUCUCACCACUAUGCGGUGGACCUUGUUUGCGGUGGUCUGCUCGCCACCGUGGCAUUCUACUUCGCUAAGACCCGCUUCCUCCCUCGCCCUCAGGCGGACAAGAUGUUCCGCUGGGACUACGACUAUGUCGAAAUCGGUGACGCCUCGCGUGAAUUUGGUUACGACCUCGCGAGCUUGGAUGGUGACUUGACUCUGGACAGCGACGAGUGGACCGUGGGCUCUUCGUCCUCGGUCAGCUCCGGUUCUUUGAGCCCCGUUGACGAUCACUACACCUGGGAGAGUGAGACUCUGACCUCAAACCACGACCUCGAGGCCGGCCGCUGA